AGAUUACUCGAUAAAAGGCGGGUCGCAAACAUGGCCGACGACGAGUGGUUGUCUCCAGGAAGCAAAAUUUAGUUUGAAAAGGCUUCUAUACCAGCUGCUUCUUCCAAGGCUUGCAUUUUGGUGGCAGUGAACUGUUAUGGCCAGCAUUCGACUAGCUUUUGAUACCUCGGCGGGCAAUAAAACUCCACACAUUGUUCCACAAUGCUUCGAUCCAAAAGAUGUCGAUAACGCAACGACUAGAUUUACUCUGGCAAAUUACGAUGCGAAAGAUGGAGGGAUUCCCAUCAACUUUGGUUUGAAUUGCCUUGGAUGGAUGAUUGUAUUCAUCAUAUUCUGUGUGAUCAGAAGACUUGUCUGGGAUUAUGGAAGACUAGCACUGAUACAAAAGGAAGACCAGGGAUGGACUGAAAUGUUUUAUGGAACAAGGGGGGAAAGUUCAGAAGGAGAAAGCCCUGGUGUAGAGAGUAGUACCAAUAGCACUCCUGCAUCUGUCGACUUUCCGGAAGUGAAAAAAAAGGGUCUUUUCUCAUGGAUCCUUGUCUUCAUGCGAGUCACUGAUGAACACAUUCGACUGAAGUGUGGUAUAGAUGCAUUACAAUAUAUUGUAUUCCAGAAGCACCUUUUAGUUUACACUGUCAUAAUCUUCUGUCUUUCCAUUGGCAUAGUUUUACCCGUCAACUACUCUGGAAAAAAUGAGCCUGAGAGGAAUUCUUUUGGAGCCACCACAGUAUCAAACUUAAGACCAGACUCAAGUGUCUUCUGGAUGCACACCGUCUUUGCCAUCAUGUACUGUGUGUUGAUGGUGAUCGUGCUGCGGCAUUUUACCAAUCUGUUUGGAUACGAGAGUCGGGAUAAUUCCACAAAGACUAUAAUGAUCACUAAUGUCCCUAAAACAGUGACGGUAAACUUGAUCACUCAACAUUUUCGCGAGAUUUAUGGUGAUACGCAAAUCCUCGAAGUCCAAAUUGCAUUCAAUUUCAAGAAACUCAAAGAAGCCCAGAGGAAAGUACUUGCAGCGCAGAUGGGUCGUCAGCACUGUGAAGAGCAGCUUCAAAAGACUGGAGAACGACCUCUCACUGUGGUCAGCACCAACAAGCUAUCACCAUGUUGUCAGUGCUGUGGUGCCAGUCAUGUUGACGGCAUUGAAUACUUCACUGAGGAAGAAGAAGAUGGCAAAACAGAGGCUGAUAUGCAAAGACAGAAGCUGAAGAGUCUGGGAAUAGCUUUCGUGACAUUUGAAAAUGCAAAAGUUGUUGACAGAUGUCUCAAAGACUUCAACACAGUCAAACAUGGCAGUCCAGAGUCAUCAGUGUCCAGGAAAAUCUUUUCCGACCACUGGAAUGUGGCAAGAGCACCUGUAGCAGGAGAUAUCAUUUGGGAACAUUUAUCUGUGGAUCAUGAGAGCUGGUGGGCCAGAGCAGUGCUUAUAAACACGUUGCUGUUCAUAUUUGUGCUGUUUUUGACCACUCCAACUGUUGCGCUGUCCACACUUCAUGAGUUGGAAGCUAGUAUAGCGGAAAGCAACCCGAAGCUAGCAGUCCCUCCAAACCCAUUUCUCACCCAAUUCUUGCCCACUAUUCUUCUCUGGGGCUUUGCAGCCAUCCUUCCAGCAGUUGUUUCAUGGUCAAGUUAUUUUGAAGCGCACUGGACAAGGUCUAAACUUGAACACUCGGUGAUGUUAAAGACCUACAUCUUCCUAGUCUUGAUGAUUAUUGUUUUACCCUCUUUAGCUCUGACAAGUGCGGACGCCUUGUUUCAUUUGACUCUGGGCGGAAAGAUGCCGGAAUUCCAAAGUAGACUAGCUUGUGUGUUUUUGCCUAACAAUGGUGCGUUCUUUGUAAACUACCUCAUAACUUCAGCACUGAUUGGAACCGCGCUAGAAUUGUGUCGUUUUCCCGAGCUCGUGUCGUACGCAGGAAAUAUGGCUCGUGCGCGAAACGACGGAGAGAAAAGGCUUGCUCGUAAGGAAGCCGUGCGCGCGUUCGCGUACGGUCAGCAGUACGCGUGGAUGUUGGUCAUCUUUUCUGUCAUGGUGGUAUAUUGUAUCACGUGCCCUCUUGUCACGCCAUUCGGUUUGCUGUAUUUGGCGUUCAAGCACUUGGUUGAUCGAUACAAUCUUUACUUCAACCAUCGCGCUCCAGCCUACAAAUACGUAGAUAGUACCGUUCAUUACACGGCAGUGACGUUUGCCAUGAUUUCCACGUUCUAUCUCCUAAUAUCACUGUUAUUCUACUCUGUUAUCAGGCUAGGUAUCGAUGAUCCUCAAACAGUAUUUACUUUGGUCGUGGUGUUCAUCACAAUUUUCUUCUUCGUAGCUCGAGUAUGUUUCGGAAUGUUCAAACGAUUUGGACCUCACAAGCAACAACUUAUAACAGAUGCAGAACUGAAUGGCGCUGAUAUCUACAUUCCAGAGGCUUACCUCCCGCCAGUUCUCCAAACGACGCGCGAAAUGAAGGCGACCGGAAGUGAUGACAUCUCUCCGCCCCAGCUCACCAGGCGGAAGAAUUACGGCGCGACUCAGAAUGAUCACGUGAUCGAUACCUCGCAGCUGACGCCAAGUUCAGAAACAGUGUUGACUUUCACUGACGAAGACAGACACUAAAGUGUGAUGUGGCCAUGUUUGAAACUGGUUUAGUGAUAAGUUUGUUGACAUUUCUUACAGUACAAAACGUUUUGUUUUUCAUUUUUAAUGUAGACUAAAUUUAAGCAGCGACGUUGUGGAAACGGCUAGUUAAAUUUUGUCAGCGCGUUUUUGAAGGUACAUGUUUUUCUUCCAAAUUUGCCAGCGCCAACUGUGUAGAAAAGAGAAGUUUCUGCGGCCAUAGUGAAGUUUCCAGCUUAGAGAAGGUGCCCACCUUAAAAAGGCGUCUGCUUUUGAAAAAUUGGCGCCGUUUUAAAUCUGAAUAACUUAAUUUAGCAGCGAACUACAAAUUCGCAUUGCUUGUCCGUAUAGUUUUAUUUAAGUUAAACUAAAACAAAAAAUAGUUAUUAAGUAUUAAGAAAGUGUAUAAAAAUAGUGAAUUGCCUACACUUAAUUGGGUCUUUUUCGUUCGAGUUCCCUUCGUUAAGGUAUUCGGUUAUGUUCGGUAUUUUCCGAAGAUAUUCGGCGGAGUGCCUCGCAAUUUGGUUUUCAAUAUUUAUGUUCAUUUCGUUGAUAUCUUCAUAAGGAGUUUAAUUCAUAAGACAAUUUGUAAAGUUAUUUUGUGAAAGAACACGUCUUGCUUAUUGAUAAGCAUUAUUCGAGCACGUUACAUUGCUCGGCCUAGAACAAUUAUUUCAAAGUAUUUAGGUAAAUAUUAUACAGUAAUUUGUCGCAUUGUUGUAGCGACGGGUUUAGAAUAUGUUAUUGUUAGAUUAAUUGCAAAUUCAAGGUUUAAAGUAUGAAUUUAACCGAGCACGAACUAUUAACACAGAACUUGAUGAAUGCCUCAUUUCAACAGAUAUCCAGAUGUUUUGUGUGUAUAUGUUUUAAUUGUUCAAGUUACUUUGAGUUAUCGUCUCGGAUUCCCCUCUAAUUAAUAAUUAUAAUUUUUUUUGGAAAUUUUUCCGUUAGUAGUUCUGCUGAAAGUUAGU